AUGUUGGCCAUCAUCGGGGCUUCUGGCAAGCUUGGCGGUGCCACGCUAGAUGCCCUUCUCUCUCACAAUCUUCUCCCCAAGGACCAGAUACUAUGCUGUACUUCAUCCCAGCCUGGCAGUAGCACCUGGUCCUCACUAGAACACAAGGGCGUUCAAGUUCGCCAUGCCUCUUUCGACGAUAAAGCCUCUCUCGAAAGGGCCCUGGCUGGUUGUGACAAGUUCUUCCUUGUCUCCACUCCGAAGAUCGACAUGGACUAUAACGAUGCUCCGCUGGGUUCGGGUCGCGAGAAACAUCACUUCACCGCCAUAGAUGCUGCCCGAUCUGCUGGCGUGAAGCACAUCUACUACAGCUCAUUGGCUUUCCAAAACCCUUCCAAGUCUCGCGUCAUGCAGGCUCACAUCCGCACCGAGGCCUACCUUGCAAAACUACAAGACAUCAAGUACACUGUCAUGAGAGAGGGCCUUUAUAACGAAAGCUGGCCACUUUAUGCAAGUUACUACCAUCUCAAGGACGACCGAAGAUCCGAAGUGCCUGUCGGCGGCGAUUCUCCCAUCAGCUGGACCGCCAUUUCCGAUCUCGGGCUUGCCAGUGCCUUGGUCAUUGUUGCACCUUCGUCUGAAUAUGCUUCCAAGACCUUUUACCUGUCCACCACUCAGGGAGCAAAGACCAUCAGUCAAGUCCUUGAGAAGGUUUCUGAAGUCAGAUCAAAGAAAAUCACCACCAAGAUAGUGACUCGAGAGGAGCUUGAGGACUACUACGUUCAAGACCUUGAGCAGUCCGAACCUGCUGCCAAGUGGUGGGCGGCGAGUUACGAUGCUCUGAGAGACCAGGAGUGUCUGAUUAACGACCCAACCUUGGAAAACUUGCUGGCCAGCAAGAGCCAGAAGCCAAAGCCUGUGGAGAAAACGAUAGAGGAGAUGCUUCGUGCUUGA